UUUUUUUUGUUUAUCCUGCGACUUGACUCAUUUGCGAGCCGGCUGAGCUCGACGAGGCCGUCAAGAUGAGCUCAGACUACUCGUACGACGAACAGGGCCAGUUCUUCCCCUUCUUCAUCCUGACCGUCACCGGCCUGGUCACCCUUCCCUUGACAUACAGCCUCUUCCGCAAGAGCACCGACAACGAUGCGCUCGCGCCGCGCAUCUCGUCCGACUACACCAUCAAGCAUGGCGACGUCGUAGCGUCGCUGCGUGCGGCGCAGAAGAGGAAGCAGCGCAAGAUCAAGCGGGCCAUCUUCGUCGUCUUGGGGUGGGCUCUCAUGGCCGGCAUGGUCUAUCUCAUCUUGACGACACAGAAGAUCAUUCCCAAGAUUUGGAACCCUUAUGAUAUUUUGGGUAUCUCAGAGUCGGCUACUGAAAAACAAAUCAAGUCACAUUACAAGAGGCUGUCCGUCAAGUUCCACCCGGACAAGGUCCGACCCGAUCCCUCCAAGAACGAGACGGCGGAGAUGCUCAACGACCGAUACGUUGAGCUCACGAAAGCAUACCAAGCCCUGACGGACGAGGAAGUGCGAAACAACUACAUUCAAUACGGUCACCCCGAUGGCAAGCAGAGCUUCAGCAUCGGCAUUGCGCUGCCUCAGUUCAUCAUCGCGGAGGGCAACGGCAAAUACCUGAUUCUGCUCUACACUGGGCUCAUGGGCGUUUUGCUGCCUUAUAUGGUUGGCUCAUGGUGGUACGGAACCAAGCGGAUGUCGAAGGAGGGCGUCUUGAUGGAAAGCGCCAACCGCCUGUUCCGACACUACAACGAGGAAAUCGACGAGGGUGGCAUCAUCACCGCCCUCAGCACCGGCAAGGAAUUUGAAAACAUCCUCAAGGGAGACCAGGCUGAAUCCGGCCUGUCCAAGGUCGAAUCUCGCAUCACGGCUCCGGGCGAAACCGCACCAUUUGCCUGCGGCUUCUCUGUCAAGGACAAGGAGAAGCUUGAGGAUCUGGACAGCGGCGUGCGACGCAAGGUGCUCGCCUUGCUGUGGGCUUACCUCGGCCGUGUCGAGCUCGACGACCCUGCGCUGACCAAGGCCAAGUACGAGGUCGGCGCGAUUGCCCGGACACUGAACCAGUCCUUCGCCGCGAUUGCGCUGGCAUUUGGCAGCAUCGGCCCCAUCGCGGGAUCCUUCAAGGCGAACCAGCACCUCAUUCAGGCUCUCUCCCCCAAGUCUUCUCCUCUGCUCCAGCUCCCGUACAUCACCGACAAGGUUGCCGCGGCUAUUGAAGGCGACUCGAAGAUCCACCUCACUGUGCAGCAAUUCAUGGACCUCCCCGACGCCGAACGGCGACGACUUGCUAUUGGCAAGGAUCUGCUCACUGAGGAGCAGUACAAGGAGGCCAUCAAGGUUGGCAAGCAGCUUCCAUAUCUUCGCGUCGCCAAGGCAUUUUUCAAGGUCACCGGCGAGAAAGUCAUAAUUCCCUCGUCCCUGGUUACCCUCGUCAUCAAGGGCCGCUUCAUCCCUCCCGGUACCGAGUCGAUCCCGCCCAUUGACGAGCUGUCCCUGGAGGACAUUGACCCCGCUGAAGAUGAUUUGGAUGCGCUCAUGGGACGCAAGAAGAAGACGAUCAAGGGCCCUGAUGGAAAGCCUGUCUCGGUUGAAGAGAACUCUGUUCUGCCACCUCUGACUUUCGCCCCUCACUACGCUCGCGAACAUUCCCCCAAGUGGUACGCUUUCCUCAGCGAUUCCAAGCAAGACAAGAUGGCGGUUCCCCCUUUCACCUUUGACAAGUUUGACCAGCCCAUCUUUGACGAGGAGGGCAAGCCCACGUUCAACAUGCAAACCCUCAAGGCCCAGUUCGCCGCUCCCCCCCAACCGGGUCACUACACUUUCUGCAUGCACGUCAUUUGCGACUCAUAUGUCGGAUUCGAUACCAAGAUGGAGGUUACCCUCGUCGUCGAAGAUGCCAGUAAGGCGGCCCAGAUGGAUGCCGAGGAUGAUAUCAGCGAACCUGAAGAAGACUCUAUUGCUGGACAGAUGCGAGCGCUGAAGACCGGUCAACCCGUUGGCCAGAGCACCAAGCCCAAGCGGAAACAGGAGAGCUCCGAUGAAGAGUCGGGCACAGACGAGGAAGAGGAUGACACGAGCGACACCAACACGGACACGGAAGACGAGAGUUGAAAGCCCUCCCUGGCGCGGAU